GGCCUUAAACGACCAUCAGCAGGGGCUACUAGAGGUGACUUACAGGUUGAGCCAAACGAGACACUCAGGCAGGCACUGUGGGAGAGUGGCCAACAGCCAGCUGAAGAACAAAAGUCCACAGCCACUAGAGAACCAAGAUCAGUGCUGAGUUGUCUAGAGUGGAGGAAAAAGCGCAAGGCUCCGCAAGCUAUGGUGAGGGGAGCAGCUGCAGUCUACGGCCAGACUGUGUACGUGGUUGGUGAGAAUUUCAACAUGAUCCACUGCUACUCUGCAAGAACUGACGAGUGGAGUCCACUGUCAAUUGUCUGCCCCCACAUCAACCCCGGGCUCGUGUUUGUCAAAAGCGUACUGAUUGCCGUCGGAGGACAACUGAAUGGCCAGAGCACGGCCAAACUGACCAGCUUCAAAAACAGGGAGUGGACACACGAACUGCCA